AUGUGUCCAAUGGACCUCACAGGCUCCUCUAAAGAUGCCGACAAGCAGAAAGCAAACGCCAAGGCGUCAGAGCGCUUUCGCAAUCGAAAGCGCGAAGAAGCGCAGCGCGAACUGCUUAUAAAAGAGCAGCGGAAUGAGAUCAAAUUCCUCUUGAAGCUUAGUAGCUUUUACAAAUCUAAACGAGACUUUUACUCUAUCUAG